AGAAAUACCCGAAUAGGUUUUUGUUUUUGGGAUGCAUGUCGGGUCGAUGUGUAAAAAACGGGUAAAAGAGCCAAAUCCCAACUCCCAUCUUCAGAGCUGAUAACCGCAGGGGCUUGUAGUCUGCGAGUGUGUUGAAUACGAGGAGAAGGAAGAUGACGACGAUUCGAAGGUUUUGCUGCAACGAUCUUCUCCGAUUUGCUUCCGUCAAUCUGGAUCACCUCACUGAAACUUUCAACAUGUCUUUCUACAUGACCUACUUGGCUAGGUGGCCCGACUAUUUCCAUGUGGCUGAAGCUCCAGGCAAUCGAAUCAUGGGCUACAUUAUGGGAAAAGUUGAAGGGCAAGGAGAAUCUUGGCAUGGCCAUGUCACUGCUGUCACUGUAGCUACUGAAUAUAGGAGGCAGCAGUUGGCUAAGAAAUUGAUGAAUCUACUGGAAGACAUCAGUGAUAAGAUUGAUAAGGCUUACUUUGUUGACCUCUUUGUAAGAGCAUCAAAUACGCCAGCCAUAAAGAUGUAUGAGAAGCUCGGUUACAUAAUAUAUAGGCGAGUGCUACGUUACUAUUCUGGGGAAGAAGAUGGGUUAGACAUGAGGAAAGCUUUAUCCCGAGAUGUAGAGAAGAAAUCUGUUAUUCCCCUCAAGCGGCCUAUUACACCUGAUGAAUUGGAAUAUGACUAAGUUUAGUUCUUUUUGAAAUGUCACCAAAAGGUUUGUAUUGCAAAGUGUGGUGCUCUGCAUUUGAUCAUUGGAGAUGCAGAGACUAUAAACCAUCACUUGCUGUUAUUCAGGAUUCAGGUAUUCAGUAUGAAACAUGUAGAGUCAGGAUUAUGGGCCCUUGCUGUGGGGCGUUGGACAAAUACGAUGGUCUUAUAGUGCUUUUUAAUAAAUAUAAUCUCUCUAUUUCUGCUCAUUAAA